AUGCCUUUCCGAGACAUACUUAAGAAGAAGGAUAAGCUUGCCGAGGGCGGCGCUCCCGCUGCUGAAGCCCCGCGCGACCCCUCGGAAGAGCGUACAGUAUUCACGUUUAUAAGGACCGACACGAACACGCAAGAGAUCAUAACGCCUCCGAAUUUCUCGUCUCCUGAUUUGUCUCAACCAGCAGCGUUUACGGACGACCAUCAUCGCGAGUCGCGGAAGGAUCAUCAUCAUCAUCAUCUUUUUACUCCGCGCUCGCGGAGUCCGUCGUCGGUUUCUGCCACAUCCGUCUCCACACACGAGAGCGAUAGAUCUCGGCCCAAGACCCCGAAAAGAUUAUCCCAGCGCCUGCACCUGAGGAAGAGCUCACCUGUCUCUCCGAAUGUGCCUCAAGACCUACCGGAGAUAGCCACUGCGUUGGAAGAGGGUGAUGGGGCGGCAAGUGAGUCGCUAUGGGAGAAGAGAGCCACAAUUUUGGCGAAGAAGAACAGGGAAGAAAGGAGCAGACCGACUACACCAAAUACGCCAAUCAGACCCGUAGCAGAUAUUGAAGCGUUUGUGAACCUUUCAGUGGGCACACCGAACGGAGAAGGGUCAGCGCGGCCUGUGUCGACGAAGCAUGCGGACGACAAUAUACAAGAAGCUAUUAGGCUCCAUGAAGCCGGGGAUUUGGAAACCUCUACAAAGAUGUUUGGGCGAUUGGCAGAUCCUAAGGGGGAGAAUAACGCCUUGAGCCAGGUGAUGUACGGACUUGCUCUCAGGCAUGGUUGGGGGUGUACUCCUAACCCCACAGAAGCCGUCACCUACCUCUCGGCCGCGGCCUCGAAUGCAGCUUCCAUUGAAGAGCAAGCACUAGAGGCGGGAAUCAAGAAAGGGGGUGCCGCGAAGGGCGAGCUGGUUCUUGCAAUCUUCGAAUUGGCGAAUUGCUUCCGAUAUGGCUGGGGAGUAAACGUGGAUAAGGUUGCUGCAAAACAGUACUACGAGACAGCCGCAAACUUGGGCGACACUGAUGCGAUGAAUGAGGUUGCUUGGUGUUACGUUGAGGGUUUUGGGUGCAAGAAAGAUAAGUACGCAGCAGCCAAAUACUACCGGCGCGCCGAAGCAGCGGGCAGUAAGACCUUGGGCAAUUCCUGGAUCUGGAAGGAGAAGUACGACGAGCCGAAGAAGAAGUGA